AAUGGCUGACAAGCAUAGAAAUCUAUUUAAAUUCAAGUCCACCAAGACAACAAAGUCUUACAAAUCUGAAACUGAAAAAAACAAGUGUUUAAUUGAAGAGAAAACUGCACAAAAUGACAAUUGUAAAAAAUCUGUGGUUAAAAAUAAAAAACAAAGUGAGAAAAGCAAUAAUGCAACAAUUACAAAAUAUUUUUUAACAAAGGAAAUAAAUAGUGUUGUUCAAUUGAAGAAUUUACAACCAGGAUCAAGUUGUAAAGAAAUUGAGAAAGAUUACUGUGUUGAAGUUGGCCCAUCAAAGAAAAGAAAGCAUAUUGAAUGUAUUGAAUUGCUGUCAUCCUCACAGUCAUCAGAUGAUGAAAUAAUGGAGAAGAAAAGCCCUGUGAAAAAAAACUAUUUCGAAGAUUUAACAAGUUUGGAUAAAAGCUUUGCUAAACAUUUACAUAAGAAAUUAUUACAUCAACAAAAAUGUGACGAUAUUAAAAUAGAGGGUAGUUUAACUGUGUUUGUUAGGAGAAAAAGUCAUUCAUUUAUUAAUUUUUUACAAAACUUUUGCGCAAAAAAAUCAAAUAUAGAAAUAGACAUUGCCAAAUUAAUUAGACAGGUACAACCUGAAAAGGAUAUAAAGUGUAAAUAUGUAAUAAUCACUGAUACAAGUUUUGAUUAUGAUAAAGCUUCACUUGCUGUAAAUAUUCUUAAGUUUGGUUUGGAUGGGCAAUUAUAUAUAAUUCAUAUUGAAGAUAUGUGUGCUAGUGAUUUGCCAAAUAUCUUUAGAGAUUGGAAAAUUGAAUGCCAACAAAUCAUUAUUCAUUUAGCAGAACAUCCAAUUGUUAUCAAUAAUUAUAUUGGUGAAUUUUUUCAAAGUUUCAAACAACUAAGUUCUUCCAAUAAGCUUUUCAUAUGUAUUGCAAUCGAAAUUAAUAAUGCAAGCAGACAUUGUAAUUUCCCUUAUAGAAAUUGUGAUCUGUUGGUUGAUUUGGAUGGGUUAAAAAAUUGCUUACAAAAUAGAUUUAUUAAAACUUUUCAAUUACAAAAUAAACACUCAACAUUGGUUAAUCCCUAUAUUAAAAUUAUUCAUUUCUUAUCAGAAAUUAAUCCAGAUUCAUUGGUUGAAAAACCCAAUCUCAAAGAACUUGUUAAUAAGCACAUUGAAAAUUUGCAAAAAAAGUACUAA